AUGGAUCAGAGGCCCAUGAAAAGAACCAGGGUGAAACGUGAUGAGCCAUCCCCUUUCAAUUUCGGAUUGGGUGGGCAAGUGGGUUUUGGUUUCGAGGCUAGUGUGGUAAGAGAGGAGGAUAAGGAGACUGGAGAUAGGGGUGCCGAUUCCUAUGACUUAAAUAUCAGAGCUGCGUUUGAGCACUCUUGCUCAAGUAGAGUCGCGGAGAAUCACGAAGUUAUUAACGGGAAUGUGGUAGCCGAUGGGAUUUCAGCGGAAGAUUCUAGGAACUUUAUUGAGAAGGAAGUGGAGAACACGAUAGCGUUUGGAUUGGGAAUUGGCGUUGCUCUUAACGAUCACAUCAUCUCAUCAGGAACGCUAUUUUCGAAAAAGGUAACAAUGGGGUUCAUCAAUGGAUGUUAUGUCGUUAAUAUUAGAGGUAUUGGGGGUGACACGAAGCCUGGUUGGAUCAGAAGUCUCAAAAUCAAAUUUGGAAUCGAUUUUUUAGUUUUGCAGGAAACGAAGAAGGGGGAUGUGUCUGUAGCGGAGUUAGCGAGGUACUGGGGAAAUAACAAUUUUGGCAUGGAAAGUGUUAACCCGUCUGGUCACUCGGGGGGUUUGAUUUGUUUGUGGAAUAAUUCGGUGUUUAAUCAGACAGGGGUGUCUAAGGAGAGGAAUUUCUUGCAUAUCAGGGGUAGUUUAGUCGGUGUCGAUAAGGCGGUGAAAAUUCUGAACAUUUAUGCCCCUCAGGGGAUUCCGGCGAAGAAGGAUCUGUGGGAGGAUCUGGCUGCUCUCAUAUCUGUUAAUGAUGGGUUAUGGGUGGUUAUCGGGGAUUUCAAUGCGGUUCGGUUCCCAGAAGAGAAAAGAAAUUGUGCUUUUAAACGGACCUGCGCUAAUAAUUUCAACUCAUUCAUUUAUGAUACAGGUCUUCUCGAGUACCCCAUCAAUGGGAGACCGUUUACCUAUUGCUCGGAUAACGGUAAGAAGAUGAGCAAGUUGGACAGAUUUCUUAUUAAUUCGGAGUUUUUCAACUUGUGGCCGCAAGCGUGUUUUCAGGUGCUCCCAAGUAUGUGGUCUGAUCACAUUCCGAUUAUUCUGAAUAUGAAGGCUGUUAAUUACGGUGCUCGGACGUUUCGGAUAUUCAACUCCUGGUUUGGUAAAGAAGGUUUCGAGGAGGCUGUUAUUGAGGCGUGUAACAGUUUUGUCUAUCAUGGUGGGCCUCCUGAUGUCCAGUUUAUUAGGAAGCUCGGCCAAAUUAGAAAUAAACUUAAAUCAUGGAGGAAUGUUAUGAUUAAGAAAGAGGGUGAAGUGGUUUCGGGAGCUAAAGAAAAGUUGGAGGAAAUGGAAGCUCUGCUCGAAAGGAGGGAUCUCACCGAGGAGGAAGAGUGGAUUUUCUCGGAAAAUAAGAAGAUUGUCCUUGAAGCGGAAUUGUUGUUAGCAAAGGAUCUCAAACAGCGUUCCCGUGUCAAAUGGGCCAAGGAUGGGGACGAAAAUUCCAAGUAUUUCCAUUCUAUGAUUAAUAAAAGGAAGGCCUGCAACGCCAUUCGUGGCUUGGAGGUGGAAGAUAGGUGGGUUUCUAAACCAUCCUUAGUUAAGAAAGAAGUUUUUAAAUUUUUCAGGAGCAACUUCGUGGAAGAAUGUCAAAGUCGGUCGUCUCUCAACUUCUCCAAUUUAAAGAAACUUUCGGUUACGGAGGCUGCUGGGCUGGAAGUUCUGUUCUCGAGGAAUGAAAUUAAGACUGCCGUCUUUGAAUGUGGGGGAGACAGGGCCCCGGGCCCAUAUGGUAUGAAUUUUCGGUUUUUCAAGUGUUUUUGGGGGCUGUUCGAGGAAGACUUUGUCGGUAUUAUGGCUUCAUUCUUCGAAAGUGGGUCGAUUAAUAGGGGUGUGGGUCGUCGUUUAUCACCCUUAUUCCGAAAAAAAGAGAUUCGGCUAGUCUGA